UUUUUCUGUCCCUCCCACCAGAUAAAUGGCUCAUUUAAACUGGGAGCUACUGAAAUACUCUCUGGCUGGCAAAUGCAGUGCCUAGCAGCAGUCAUCAAGGACGAACCAAACAUGAGUGGUGGAGGGGAACAGGUCGACAUUCUCCCGACCAACUACGUGGUCAAAGAUCGCUGGAAAGUGCUGAAGAAGAUCGGUGGAGGUGGCUUUGGGGAGAUCUACGAGGCCAUGGAUUUGCUGACCCGUGAGAAUGUGGCCUUGAAGGUUGAAUCAGCCCAGCAGCCCAAGCAAGUCCUCAAGAUGGAAGUGGCCGUCCUGAAAAAGCUGCAAGGGAAGGAUCAUGUUUGCAGGUUUAUUGGCUGUGGAAGAAAUGAAAAGUUUAAUUACGUGGUCAUGCAGCUUCAGGGCCGAAAUCUUGCAGAUCUCAGAAGGAGUCAGCCUCGAGGGACUUUCACGCUGAGCACAACGCUGCGACUGGGCAAACAGAUUCUGGAGUCAAUAGAAGCCAUUCACUCUGUGGGAUUCCUGCACCGUGACAUCAAGCCUUCCAACUUUGCCAUGGGCCGCUUACCUUCAACGUACAGGAAGUGCUACAUGUUAGACUUUGGUCUGGCCCGCCAGUACACCAACACUACUGGGGAAGUCCGACCACCUCGCAACGUUGCUGGUUUCCGAGGAACUGUCCGCUAUGCCUCCGUGAAUGCACACAAAAACAGGGAGAUGGGUCGGCACGAYGAUCUCUGGUCCCUCUUUUACAUGCUGGUGGAGUUUGCCGUGGGGCAGCUUCCGUGGAGAAAGAUCAAAGAUAAGGAGCAGGUUGGCAUGAUAAAAGAGAAAUAUGAACACCGAAUGCUGCUAAAACACAUGCCUUCAGAGUUCCACCUUUUCCUGGAUCACAUUGCAAGCCUAGACUACUUCACCAAGCCAGACUAUCAGCUAAUCAUGUCCGUUUUCGAGAACAGCAUGAAAGAAAGAGGCAUCACUGAAAACGAAGCCUUUGACUGGGAGAAGGCUGGUACAGAUAUCUUGUUGUCCACUAGCACCUCAACUCCACCACAGCAAAACACCAGGCAAACAGCAGCCAUGUUUGGGGUGGUUAAUGUCACUCCGGUACCUGGGGACCUGCUCCGUGAGAACACUGAGGAUGUCCUACAGGGUGAACAUCUGAGUGACCAAGAGAAUGCUCCUCCCAUCCUGUCAGGUCGGCCAGUGGAAGGUCUUGGUCAGGCUCCAAACACGGCUUUCAAUGAGGGUGAAGUUUGGGAAGAGACAGAUGUGAAUCGCAACAAACUCAGGAUCAGCAUCAGCAAAACUCAGUGCAUGGUGGAAGAGGAGCAGAGAAACGGGGUGUGCCCCAGUUCCCCUGUCCGAGUGCCUCCRGAGUCCCCGACCGCACAAGUGCGCUCCCUCCGCUACCGCCGCGUCAACAGCCCCGAGUCAGAGCGGCUCUCCACGGCCGAUGGAAAAGGAGAUGCACAUGAAAGAAGGUCUCGGAUGGAUAUCCCUGGCUCUCCAUCACGGCUCGUGUGCUCCUCGCAGCCAGCCCAGAUGCUGUCCAUCGACACRGGCCAGGCUGACCGGCAGGCCAGCGGCAGGAUGGACGUGUCCGCCUCCGUGGAGCACGAGGCCCUCAGCAACGCCUUCCGCUCCGUGCCGCUCGCRGAGGAGGAGGACUUUGACAGCAAGGAGUGGGUUAUCAUUGAUAAGGAGACAGAGCUGAAGGACUUCCACCCCGGUGCUGAGCCAAGCACCUCUGGAACCACGGAUGAGGAGCCCGAGGAGCUGAGGCCGAUUGAAGAUGGGGAAGAGAGGAGGCGCCUGGGGGCAGAUGCUGCAGUCAGGCCGAAGACUCACGAUGGGCGAGGUCGGGGKAUGCAGCCCGUGACUGAGGAGGACAGUUCCCACAGACACGAAGGACCUUCUCAGACAGUGUCUGACAGUAGACAUGAACAGCAGACAGGAAGUCCAGCCCACUCCCCCUUACAUUCAGCACCAGCUCUCCGGCAAAGGAGACGAGAAUCUGAACCUACUGGUCCUCAGAGACAGGCAUACAUGCUGAAGUCAUUUGAAAUGAAUGGCCUGCCCAAGGCGGUCCCUUUAAGUUUGCCUUACCAAGACUUCAGAAAAGAUCUGUGCAACUACUGGGAAAAGCCUAGGUUAUCCCAGCGGAUAAAGAAAGUCGAUUUCUCAAACAUUGUCUUGACUGCUCCUUGCAAACCUCUGGAACCUUAUCUGGAAAUGAACGGAAAAGAGGAAGAGGAGGAGGAGGAGGAGGAGGAGGAAGACGAGGAAGACUACGAGGAGGAGGAAGAUGAGCAGGAUGACGGGGAGGAGGAGGACGAGGGCAAUGAGAUUGACAUGCACAGCGAUUCCAGCAGCGACCUGAGCCAGAAGAGCACGGAGCGCAGCCAGGAGUGCGCACCAUCCACGCUCCUGGCCGAUGACCAGAAGGGGUCCAAGGGUCGAGCAUCCACCGCUGACGGGGACCUGGAGCUGGAGGAAGGCUCCAAAACACUGGUGCUGUUCUCGCCAGGCGAUCUGAAGAAAUCUCCAGUGGCUGCAGAUUUACCUCCAGAAGUCGAUCUGGGCACUCUGGCCGCGCUGACCCCUCAGAGCGAGCGGCCACAGCCCAUGGGGAGCCAGCUGGAUGUGUCUGAGCCRGGGACCCUGUCCUCAGUCCUUAAAUCUGAACCAAAGCCUCCCGUGGCGGUGGCGACAGCUUCCUCCCCUUUCACCAAAGUGGAGCGCACCUUCGUCCACAUUGCCGAGAAGACCCACCUGAACGUGAUGUCCUCUGGCGGGCAGCUGCUGCGGCACGAAGAGCACGGCCCACCGGGGCAUUUCGAGGAGGUCAUCGUCGAGGAGGAGCUGGAGGACAACCUGGUGCCGGUAGAGAACGGAAGCAUCCACUCCGGGCUGGAAGGGGCAGAGACGGAGAGCUGCGCGCUGUCGGCCAACCACGCCGAGACCACCUCGGACACGGCGGGCGAGCAGCCGGCGCUUGCCAACGGCGUGCCAAAGCUGCCCCAGGACGAGCCCGAGCUGCCCGGCAAAGCGGCGCUCUCGCUGGAUUUGGAAAAGCCCGGCAAGGUGGCUGUGAGGGAGCCCGGCCAGGAGAAGGCGGCGGCGGAGCAGCUGAAGCGAGCGGAGACCCUCCCGGAGACGCCGCCGCACGGCCCCAGGAGRCCAACGGGCUCCCGGUACAGAAGUCGGAUCCCCGUCUUGUUCUCRGAGGAGGACACCGGCUCGGACCUUUCCACUUCGCUCUCGGCCAAAGAAAGGCUUUAUAAGAGGGCGAAGCAGCCCGACCUGGCUCGCCUGGUGAUGGAGAAGAGGCAGAGCCGUCUCCUCCGGCUGGCGUCUGGUGCCUCCUCGUCCGCCUCCUCCAGCGACGAGCGGCGCCGAGCCUCCGAAACCCUGUCGGCCACGGGCUCCGAGGAGGACACGCACGACUCUGACGACUCCAUCCCACGCAAGGGAGACAAGAAGGCAGCGCUGCUGGGGAGAGAAGAGAGAGCCGGGAGCACAAAGAGCAGGAUUCCUCGUCCCAUCGUGCCGGUGAAAGCCGCGCUGGAGGCGGCGAGGGCGGAGAGCUCCGUGGCCGCGGCGGGGCUGGGYGGCUCCCCGCAGGAUACAGCUGCUGCCAGCAGGCUCCAGACCCAGAGAGCAGCUGGAAGUGUCCCCUGCGAGGGCCGAACAGCCCAGGCGCAAAGCCGGCUCCCUUCGUCGCCGAGUUCCUCUUCUCUUCCUGCGCGGAGCAGCUCGCAGAGAUCCAGCGGUGCCUCCCCUCGGAGCCCCGUCCUCCCCUCCAGGAACCCCAGUUCUUCCCCCAGAAGCCAGCUGCUGCCUCGGAGGGAAAGUCCUUCUCCUUGCCGACAGCACAAAGCAGGGACUGCUCCUCAGCGAGUUCCUCCCUCCCCCCGACCUCAGCCCUCAGCUCAGGCCCCUGCGCCUACGGGAGAUCCUCUGCCGUCWCCCGGCGCGGCCAAAAAACGGCAACGAGGAAAAACCCAGACUCAAAGUCCAGCAACCAAAGGAAAGCAGGUGUCCCUGGAAAGCAAGGCCAGAUAAUGACCUUCUGCCAGCCCAGCAGCCUGGGUAACCUCUGCAUAUAGUCCACACUUGAGCUGCUGCAGCACAGCCUCCCACGCUGCGCCCGCAGGGUACGGCAGCAGCCGUGCUCCAAUGCUUCACUCACUGUCACCCCACGCCGCAAUCAGCUCCCAGAGGUGCAGAGCCACCCCAGGGAGACGCCCCAGCCCGCAGCUGCCACUUGCUAAAGCAGCCUGCCCUGCCUCCCCCUCUCUCUCUGUCAGCAAUACCAGCCCUCCACAGCAGCUCCAGCCGUGCAAGGGGAGCACAGGUGACAGGAGCAAGGCCUGCAGAAGGGGGAGGUUCCUGUCCUGCAGGCAAUUCCCUCCUUUCUGCUCGCUGAGUGAGCGCCAGCCUUGGCCACCACCAUCUCCUCCCAGCACCACUGUUAGCAAGGGGCUGCCAGCAGCUUACCAGGAGGGAUGGAUGCACCCUUGAGUGCUGAGAUGGGACAAGGGCAAAGAGGAGAGGGCUCUUCUCUCCUUCCCAGAGAGGCAUCUGCAGGUGGGGAUUAGGAGACAGGCAGGUCUUGCUGGAUGCUCCUUCCUGCUCUGCUGUGUCCCACAGAGGAGGGUGCCUGGCAUUGCUGCUCAGACACUGCUGCUGUGUGCUGGGUGCUUAGAUGGRAGCAGGGAUGUGUUGGCAGCUUGCUGGGAAACCAAGAGCUCUUGCUAAUUAACGUGGAAGGGAACACGCUGCGGUCACUCUUGUCACAAAUACCAAACUGUGACCUGUGGGCACCACAUCUCCCAGCAAGAGUGGUUCCUCUCAGACCUGCAGCCCACCAAACACAGCUCUGUCAUGAAGAUGUCAACAGCCACUGGAUGCCUUUAGCCUGGGUGCCCUCUGCACCUGAAUUCCUUGUGUUUUCCUUCCACGCUCUUGGUGUUUGUGAAUUUUGGAAGUUCCCCUAUGUGGCAGGGCGGGAGAUUAUUAUCCUGUGGSAUACCCAAAAGCUGCUGCUUUGCCAGGAGAGGUUUUCUGGUGUACAUUUCUAUCUG